AUGCUCGUGCUCAUGCUCGUGCUCGUGCUAGUGCUAGUGCUUGUCCUUGGACUGUUGUUGUUGACUACUGAUAGUGAUGAUGGAGGCGAUGUAGAUAGUGGGGUUGUAGUUGGCGUUGACAAGGCAUGUACAACAGGAGACAUCUGUAUAGGUGAUGUAGACUGA